AUGGCGUUCUUAACGUCGACGGCAAGCGAUGCGUUCGAGGCGCGCUGGGCCGAGCUACGAACGCUCCUGUCGCCAGAGGUGCAAGGUCCGUUCGACGCUUUUGUCACCGACAUCGUCUCUGCCCUUCGCGACACCCAGCGCUCGAGGGUCGCCGCACCGACCGAGAUCGUCACGCUCAACGUCGGUGGCACACGCUUUGCAACAUUGCGCGAGACCCUUUUGCGGUUUGAAGACGGCUACUUCCACGCGUUGCUCCAAUGGCCGCCCAACGACAAUGGCGAAUACUUUCUGGACUUUGACCCGGCCUUGUUUGCGCCCAUCAUGACGUACCUUCGCAGCGGCCACCUGCCUCUCGAUCACAUUCCUGGCGACGCGCAAGCGGACUUUUACAAGCUCUUCGACUUUCUCCAGUUGCCGCCCUUGGCCGCGUGGGAUGCCGCCCACUGCCACGACGACAUUUUAUUGAGUGCGGGCGACGCGGUCAUGGGCAAGCAGCGAGGAUCCAACGCGUUUGUGGGCGCCGUCGCGGUCACGCCGCUGCGACGUUUUUGCGUUUCGGCCAAAACAGCGUCGUCGUUCGAGGUCGGCUACUGCCCCCGCGAAGCGUCGCGCGAGGAAGGCACCACUGUCCAUGGGUACGUCCUCUCGAUCGAGAUUCACAGCGCUGGCGAGAUCCACGCCGUGCUCAAGGCCUACCCUGCGAAAUCCCCCAAGCCGCUGCCACCGGUGGUG